UUUGUGUGUGGCUUUGUGGAUCCGAUGUUUAUGGUAGUCAGGUAGAGUUGUGGAGUGUUUAACAUUUUGAGUGUAAAUUAUUUAGUGAGUAACUCAUUUAAAUAGCAUAUUAGUUUUUUACUAUGCGUGGGGACUUCUUCAUAUUCUAAUGUGUGCGUAUUUCUAAAAAGUGCGGGGGGAAAUCGGGUUUCUUUAGUAGUUUUCUAGUUCGUUCCCGAAGGACGAGCUAGGCUUGUUCGUCCUUUGAACUCUUUUUCGCAUCCUCAACAUUUUACGAGUCACUCGAGCUCGUUCGUGAAAAUCCUACUUCCCAGAUAAUAACCAAAGUGCCGAAAAAAAUUCUGGAGUCGCCGUAAAAUUCAAUUAGCACGCCUGCUUUUGUAGCCUGGCAAGAUAAGAGUUUCCAGGUGACCUGGAAAGAUCGAUCACGCAACGGCCUCUUUUUACACUUAGAUCAUCAAGAUGUGGACCUCACAGAGCACAAAUCCUGCAACAGCUCCAAGCGCAAUCACUAGUCCACCAAAUUCUCAAAAUUUACGUACUUUAGGCAUGACUUCUGCGAUUAGCGUCGCAGAGCCAAAACCCAGCGAUAUUGCUAGAACAACCGAGCUGAAAGAGGCGCUCAAACCUUAUAAUGUAUUUGAAUCUGACGAAGAAUUAAAUCAUAGGAUGGAAAUUUUAAGCAAAUUGAAUUCCUUAGUGAAGCAGUGGAUAAGGGAUGUGAGCGUUGCCCGAAAUAUGCCAGCAAAUUGUGCUGAACAAGUUGGAGGGAAAAUUUACACAUUUGGCUCCUAUAGGUUAGGGGUUCAUCACAAAGGAGCUGAUAUUGAUGCACUUUGUGUCGUUCCUCGUCACGUAAAUAGGACCGAUUACUUUACUUCCUUUUUUGAUUUACUCAAAAGUCAGUUGGAAGUUACAGAAUUGCGUGCUGUGGAAGAAGCUUUUGUACCAGUUAUAAAAAUGAAUUUCGAUGGAAUAGAAAUCGACAUGCUCUUUGCUAAACUGACCUUGAAAGAAAUCCCCGACACUAUGGAUCUCAGAGACGAUACUCUUUUAAAAAAUCUGGACCCAAAGUGCGUAAGGAGUUUGAACGGAUGCCGAGUGACGGACGAGAUACUUCGUUUAGUUCCUAACAUUGAAAAUUUCCGUCUGGCUUUAAGAGCUAUCAAGCUCUGGGCGAAAAAGCACGGGAUCUACAGUAACGUAUUAGGUUACCUUGGAGGUGUUUCUUGGGCAAUGUUGGUCGCUCGUACCUGCCAACUCUAUCCAAAUGCCGUCGCAGCCACCUUAAUAGAAAAGUUUUUCCUCGUCUUUUCUCAGUGGAAAUGGCCACAGCCGGUUCUCUUAAAGCAGCCUGAUAAUGUGAAUCUUGGAUUUCCAGUGUGGGACCCUCGUGUCAAUGUAGGCGACAGGUAUCACUUAAUGCCAAUCAUCACGCCUGCCUAUCCUCAACAAAAUUCGACCUUCAACGUUUCGAAUUCCACGAGGACGAUAAUGCAGGAAGCUUUCGAGAGUGGUUUGGCCAUCACUGAAGAAAUAAUUAUGGGCAAGGCCCCCUGGGAUAAGUUAUUUGAACCCCCAAAUUUCUUCAACAAGUACAAACACUAUGUCAUAUUGCUUGCGAGCAGUUCACAAGCUGAUGACCAACUCGAGUGGUGUGGGCUCAUCGAGUCCAAAAUUCGGCAUCUGAUAGGUCAGCUGGAAAGAAAUCAGGCAAUCACGUUAGCCCACAUUAAUCCUGAAGCGUAUCCACCUCUUGAACCGGAACCUGGCAAGAUCAUCUCCAUGUGGUUCAUCGGAUUGCUCUUUUCCAGGAGCGAAAACUUGAAUGUGGACCUCACGUAUGAUAUUAAGACCUUUGCUGAUUCAGUUUGUCGACAAGCGGAGCAGAAUAAUUUAAUGAAGGAUGGUACGGCCAUUGAAGCUAAGCACGUCAAACGGAAGGAUUUGCAUAAAUACGUAUCCGCGAGCCUAAUCAAAAGAGAAAGAAAGGUUCGUAAACAAGUGAGUGCGUUUGUGCAAGCAAAAAAGGCUUCUGGUGGUGUGCAUCGAAAUGGGGUCAUCGGAGGAAAUGGCAGCACGGGGGCAAUCUCUCCAAAAAACCAGGAACUUAAGAGAAAAGUGUCUGAGCAGAAUGCCGCUGACAGUGGGAAGAAAAAGAGACCACACGAGGGCGAACAACAAAUAACACAGGGAGAAGAUGGAUCGUUGGUUGUUAACUGUGGAGAAGAUAGUAAUUCCGCAUACAGUUUAGAUGAAUACAAACAAAAUUUAACUCCUUCGAAGGAGGAGGGACCCCCUGCGGGAGCUGCUGUAGCACAGGAAGUGUGUACUUGACCGCUGAAAAAAUCCACUUCACGGCGAACCGCCUACGCUCUGCUUGGCUGCUUGGAACGCAAGGAUUUCCCGCACAACCAUCCACUGCCAACUGUGUAAGUUCAGCGAAAAAGUAACUCCAGCAGAGACUACUUAAACGAAUGGGCUUUGACGAGCCCAAGUCGCUAUAGAGUUUUUAUUUGGAUGAUUCGAGCAUCCCAUUUGCAAAGCCGGUAUCGUUCAGAGACUUUUAUACACUUUUUAAAUUAUACUUUCCAGCUCAAAGUGAGAGUGAAUAAUGAAGCAGGGGGAAAACGGUGAAGAUGUGGCGAAAAAUUGAGAGUAGAGAAGGUUUGCGAACCUUUCGAAUCUCGUUCCAUGUUGUGGGCCUUUCAUUUCGAGAUGAUGAACUUGUGUAUAUUUAUUAUCUUACGGGAGGAUCUUUCGAAUGGAAUGACUUUUUUCGUGGAUGUGUUCCAGUUAUUUGUCCUUUACAAAACUUGUCGCGAGUCGGUUUUGUAUAUAGUUCAUUUACGAUCUCGCGAAAACAAUUUUCUGCGUUCAAGACGUAACAAAUGUCCGAAUGAUUGAUGUCUUUUGACGAAAGUUGAAAAGGAUGUUGUUUCCUGUCAUCACUUUUUAGGGUACGAAUUAACUGAUUGUCAGAUCCCAUGUCGAUUAAAACACAUCUGUAGUUACAUUGUAGCUCUUGUAUUCGCAUUAGCAUGCUGAAUCUUGGUCAUCCGAGAUCAGUGAAAAUACAUCGGAGGUAUGAAAGACGAUUAUUCGUAUUCUGUGAGUGUUGGACAUUUCGUUACAACUUCUCGAUGAGAAGAAAGGCACUGGAGUCGGAAAAAAUUCGUUUCUUUUAGAAGCUAGGAGGGCGGUUCUUCAUUUUCUCCGAAUUAUGAUCACACAGGUGUCAAUGGAGUGUGCACAUUUUUCAUGGGAUGUCUGUGUGUAGAUAUUUACAAUUAAUUGAAUAAAUACGAGUUUUAGUUGUGCAUUUUUCAGAACUGUGUCUCACAGAAUUGCGGCUUUUUGCGAAACACAGUUCCAAGUGGCUGUCACAGUAAAUCAAUUUGGAGCAAUUUUUUUUCUUCUUUUUUUCCAUAGGUAUAAGAAUUUUUUUAAACAGUGACAACGAAGGUAUUAAGCGUAAUUCGAAGAGCUAAUUAUUUUUGUUUGUUGCAUUGUGACUUUGACAGAAAGACUCUGGUAAGUCUUUUUCUUGACGAACGAUAAAAGCGUAAAUUAUAAUUGGACGUUUUGAGAAAUUCGUUUCCGGAUUGUGGGGAUGAAUUUUGUAUUUAAUUAUUUGGCGAGCCUGAUCGUUUUAAUCGGAUGAUGAUCAAUCGGCUCGAUCGAUAUAGUUAGUGGAAUUUGAAAGAUUAUAAGACAAAAAAAUUCAAUAUAUUAUGCUAUAUUGUAAGGCACUAAAAAGAAGAGAUCGUAUAUUGCAGGCCGUCGUUUAAUGGCGCAAUAAUCGUAAGAGUCGAAGUGGCUAUUGAUCGUGAAUAUUAUUAUGUAGAAUAUUAUUCUCGGUUGAUAAAAAUAAGCGUGUGUGCGCGCUUGUGUAGAUAAAGAUGACUGAAUACUGAAUACGUGGUUGAAAUUGCGAUGCACGAGAAAUCUUUAUUUAUCGGUUCGCAAGACCAUAUGAUCUAAAAAUAAUGUGUAUUCUGUCACCUGUAUACUAUGUAUCUUUCUUCAAUAAAAAACCAUAAAUUUUCUUUUACCACCUUC